UCCCGUCCCGCCUCCCCCGCCGCUCGCCGAUGUCCAGCCUCCACCUCCUCCGCCACCGCUCCUCCUCCUUCACUCCCACCUCGCCGCCCUCACCCUCCUGGUCUCCGCACGCCGCCUUUACCGCUGCCACAGAGCGCGUCCGCGCCGGGACGCUCAGCCCGGAAGACGCACACCACCUGUUCGACCAAUUGCUACAGCAGUCCACUCCGGUCCCCGAGCAAGCCCUGAACGGCUUCCUUGCCGCCCUCACCCGUGCCCGUGCGCCAGACACCGAAGUCUGCAGAGACGGCCCCUCCCUUGCCCUCACGCUCUUCAACCGCGUAUGGCGAGAAGAAGCCGGCCGGCGGGUGGCGCUGCCCACAGUCCGCACCUACAACAUUCUGAUGAACUGCUGCUGCCGCGUGCGUCGUCCGGACCUAGGGCUUGCCUACUUCGGCCGCCUCCUAAGGACCAGCCUCAAAACAAAUGAGGUCGUCGCCAACACCGUCCUCAUGUGCCUCUGCUGCGCGAAACGGACAGAUGAAGCAGUAAACGUGCUGCUUCAUAGGAUGUCUGUGCUCGGCUGUGUGCCUGAUGAGUUCUCAUAUAACAUAGUUCUGAAGAGCUUAUGCAAAGAGGGAAGGAGCCAGCAAGCGCUCAACCUGCUCCAUGUGAUGGCAAAAGGAGAUGGUUGUUCCCCCGACGUGGUGGCUUAUAACACGGUCAUCUAUGGCUUCUUUAAGGAAGGUGAAGUAGGCAAGGCAUGCAAUCUAUUCCAUGAAAUGAUGCGGCAAGGGGUUGUGCCUGAUGUGGUGACGUAUAGCUCGAUUAUCGAUGCACUGUGCAAGGCUGGAGCAAUGGACAAGGCAGAGUUGUUCCUUCGGCAGAUGGUUGAUAACAGUGUUCAGCCGGAUACGGUGACAUAUACUAGCAUGAUCCAUGGAUAUUCCACUUUGGGCCGCUGGAAAGAGGCGACUAAAAUGUUAAGAGAAAUGACAAGCAGGGGCCUUAUACCAAAUAUUGUCACUUGGAACUCGUUCAUGGCCUCCCUUUGCAAGCAUGGAAAAAGCAAAGAAGCUGCAGAAAUUUUCUUUUCCAUGGCUGCAAGGGGCCACAAGCCUGAUAUCGUCUCCUACACUACUCUUCUUCAUGGGUAUGCCAAUGAAGGAAGCUUUGCUGAUAUGAUGAAACUCUUUAAUUCAAUGGUAGGCAACGGUAUUGUAGCCAACUGCCAAGUUUUCAACAUAUUAAUUGAUGCAUAUGCUCAACGAGGAAUGAUGGACGAAGCUAUGCUCAUAUUUACUGAAAUGCCAGGACAAGGAGUCAAUCCAAAUGUAGUCACCUAUUCAAUUGUGAUAGCUUCACUUUGCAGAAUGGGUAGGCUGGCUGAUGCAAUGAAUAAGUUCAGUGAGAUGAUUGGUACGGGAGUACAACCGAACAUAGUUGUUUAUCACUCCCUAGUUCAGGGCUUAUGUACACAUGGUGAUUUGGUGAAAGCGAAGGUGUUGAUUUCUGAAAUGAUGAAUAAAGGUAUUGCUCGUCCAAACAUUGCAUUCUUCAGUUCAAUAAUGGGCAGUCUAUGCAACGAAGGAAGGAUUAUGAAUGCACAUGAUAUCUUUGACUUGGUUACAGACAUAGGUGUGAAACCUGAUGUUAUAACAUUUAAUAUGCUGAUGGUCGGAUAUUGCUUAGUUGGCGAGAUGGAGAAAGCAUUCAAGGUACUUGAUGCCAUGGUAUCAGUUGGCAUUGAGCCUGAUGUUGUUACUUAUAGCUCACUUAUUAGUGGCUAUUGUAAGACUGGAAGGCUCGACGAUGGUGUUACACUAUUCAGAGAAAUGUUGCAUAAGAGAAUUAAACCUGACACUGUUUCCUAUAACACCAUACUGGAUGGGUUAUUUAAUGCUGGGAGAACUGCUGCUGCAAAGAAAAUGUUCCAUGAGAUGAUCGAAAGUGGAGUAAUGGUGAGCAUUUCUACAUAUAAUAUAAUUCUUGGAGGACUUUGUAGAAAUAAUUGCAUGGAUGAAGCGAUCGUCCUAUUCCGGAAAUUACGUGCAGUGAAUGUGAAGUUCAAUAUCACAACACUCAAUACCAUCAUCAAUGCAUUAUACAAUGUUCAAAGAAGAGAAGAAGCUCAUGAUUUGUUUGCUGCAUUACCAGCCAGCCGGCUGGUGCCUAAUGCUUCUACUUACAGAGUAAUGAUAGAUAAUCUUCUAAAAGAAGGAGCAGUGGAAGAAGCUGACAGUAUGUUCUCAUCAAUGGAGAAGAGUGGUUGUGCUCCUAGCUCUCAUUUUUUAAAUUAUAUCAUCAGAAUGUUAUUGGAAAAAGGGGAGAUAGUCAAGGCCGGAAAAUAUAUGUCUAAAGUUGAUGGGAAGAUUAUUUUGCUUGAAGCUUCAACUACUUCAUUGCUGAUGUCCCUCUUCUCAAGGGGAGGCAAAUACCAGGAGCACAUACUCUUGCUCCCUGCAAAAUAUCAUUUUUUCAGUGGAGUGAACCACAGUUGAGUACUUGAUACAUUGUUUAUGAUCUUAACUGCUCAGAAGGUACAGUUGAUUUGUUGCUUGCCAUCAGACCCUUGUGUUGGUAUAAGAAAUGCAAGUUACCUGCUUGUGGAAAGUAGGUCCUUCAUUCUUUCAUUGACUGCAUCUUCUUGUGUGUUGAAAUUGCUAGAAUGUGAAGUAUCUGUGAAUCUUCUAAUCUUUGUGGGACAACGAAAGGUGGACUGAGUUAUCUAAUUCAAAUGGUUGCAAUUUUUGGAAUAAUGGUUUUUGCUUGUGAACAGGGAAGGUAUCGACAUGUGUUCUUUCCAGAA